CUCGAAAGAACACACAACAGAUGAAGAGAGACGGAGUCAGAUUUAAUGUAGCCUCUAAUCAAACCAUUAAAAAGUGCCCUCUUUGCACCAGUUGGAAAUGUCGUGCCCAUGCCUCUGAAAUCAAUAUUAAAGAACGUUAUAAUAAUGAUAAGGAAUAUAGAAAGGAUAUUAAUAAGAAUUUAAAGGAUAGAUUGGCUGUUUCAAUUCAUGGUCAUUUGAUUGAGAAGGAUCAUGAAGUUUCUCUUUGUAGUGAAGUGAAACAUUUUGAAGAACGAAGAUUUGUCAGUGGAUUUAUUUCUAGAAAUGUCGGAUAUUGUAGAAAGGAUCAUAAGAAGAAUUAUGAAAUGAAGGAUAGAAAGGAUUUUAGACAAUUCUCUCGUUUUGGAAAAUAUUAUCAAAAGAAAUUGAAAUUAGAUGAUUUAUAAUUUAAUUGAAACCUGUUUACAAUAAUCAAAUAUUGCAGAUAAUUAUCAAAAUAAAUAAUUACUCAAUCCAAGUUGAA